AUGCCGCUCAAUUCCCGCCACCGAUUAUCAUCGCAAGAAACUGCCCUCCCUCAGAGCCCCUCGCGCCGGUCAUCAAAGACGGCAUGUCCGCCCGAUGGAGAUGCGUUCAGCUACGAUCCCAUCCAUCUCGCGGAGUGGAAGGUGGCCGAUCUGCUAUGGAAGAAGCUGCCCGAGAACCUCCUGGAACCGAUCGCCGCGCUGCAGCAUGCAGGAGCCGCGGUGCGGACGGGAUUCGCGCGUCUUGACGAUAUUGGCAUUCCCGACGAGCUUGCGAAGCACACCGCCUCACGACCUCAGUCGAUCUCCUCUGCCCUACCAGGUGAGCACCAGAUGUGGGAUCACAGCAAGAAUAACUCCAACAUCUCCUCGCACGCAUACAAGCACAGCAACGCAUCCGUGGGCAAGAAGCCAGGUUCACUAACCCCCACUCCAGAUAACGCCAGCCCCUGCUACAUUCCAAUCAUGUUCGAUGCCGACAGUCCGUUCGCCGAAGACCCUUCCUCGCAGCUCGCCCCCACAAUCUCCAACUCCUCCGGAACCCGCACCGCAUCCACCUCUUCCACCAACCCCUAUACCACCACCGAUUCCAACGUUCGACCCUCCCCCGGCAGCUCCUUCAGCACCGCCGAUCUCUUCUACCCCUCUCCUUCCUCGGCCCGCUCCUCCUUCUCGAUAUCAUUGCCUCCGACCCGGAUACCCACGAGCCUCGGACCCGGCAGACCCAGCACCACAUCCGCGAAGACGUUCUCGAACUUUACGGACGCAGACCAAGAGCUGCCACGGGAUGCGCACACGAUGCGGUAUCUCGCGGAGGUGCGCACGUUACGCGGGGAGGGGAUGGUGCGGCUGCGGCACGCGGCGCGGAAGGUCGAGGGGGCGUGGCUGCGGUGGCAGGAGGAGGAGGGCCCAGCGAGCAUUGGGGAGGUGGGAAAGGAGUUUAUGGGGUGGUGGGGAGAGGCGUUGAGCCGGGUGAGGGAGUUGGAUGUGAGGGCGAGGGGGUUAGCGGCGUAG